CAUUAGUCUUAUCAAAUGAACGAUUUUAUUUGUUGAGCAAACUGGUUAAAAUACAAAAAAUAGAUGCACAAUUAGCAUAUUGUCAUGAUUACCACUCAGACAAAGAGGUAACUUUCGACUUCAGGGAUAUUUAUUGACACUUCAGGUUAUAAACACAGAGCGAGGAGAAUAUGUGUUAAUACUGUCCUUAAUGUUGCAGGAGAUCGUGGAUGGCAGGCGUGGGAAUCCAGGGAGUGCAGGUGAGUAUAGGUGCUGGUGCAGACGAAGGUAAAUGGUGCAUCAGAUGACGAUAAACCUCUUUGAUGGAAAGACGACUUCGGGAACUUGGAGAACUCGAAGACUUGGAGAACUAGAAGGUAAUAGCUUCGUUGGUAAGAUUGAAGUCUGUAGCUAACGUGUUAGACCAGACAAUGAGUGAGACUGAGUGCUCCUUUUGACUGGUGCUUGACGUGUAAUGAUGAGGUGCAGCUCUGUGUUGUCAUGGUUACAGUGCCUGGUGGAUCCGUGACACAUAUGUGCACAAUUACUGUAAUACAGUUUUCAGUAAGGGAUAGAGUACAACAGACAAAAACCUGACAGGGUGAUCAAGACCCGAAGCAAAGCGAUAUACUCACUUUUUAAGGCAAGACAUAAAGUUCAAACAGAACAAACAUGUAAUUUGAUUUUGCAAACAUGCAAAUGAAUCUGCGAAAGAGACAACUCUUAAAAUGUUAGACUCCCUGAUCAGUACAGGAGCUGAUUACUGCAAGAUGCACCACAUUACAGUUUUUUACAAUUGCUAGGACACAUUUCUCAAUACUUCUCAAACAACCACACAUGCUAUUGUUGACAUGUUGAUUUUUUUCAGUAAUUAUCAUUGCAGCCCUGGCAUUUCAGUAUGUCCCCCCAUUUUUGUUUAAUUCAAUUCAAUUUUAUUUAUAUAGCGCUUUUCACAAUGUGCAUCGUUCCAAAGCAGCUUUACAGGAGCAAAUAAGAAAAACAGAAAAACACAGAAAGGUAAAACACAGCACAGUGCAUGGUGUUUAUAGACCAAGCAAGAUCAUUCUAAUAAAUAAUAUCUAAUAAAUAAAUGAAUAAAUAAAUGCAGUCUCCCGGUGAGCAAGCCAACACUGCCUGCUGUUUUACCCUUUUACUGUAAAUUUAGUACUAUAUUCAAAGAAAGAAAAUUGCAGCAUUUCAGAUUCAUUCUUUUUAUUCUUAUUCUAUAUGAAAUACUGAACCAUUCUGUCACGGUUGUGGAGGAAGAACCCAAUUGCAGGCAGCGGGGAUGAAGGGGUUAACACAAACUUUUAUUAAAUAAAGAAACAUAAAACAAAAGACCCACAAUGGGGUAACGAAGACAGAACUAAAUAUAACAACAGAAACAAAAAUACUCCCCACGAGGGGGCAAAAACAGCAGGACAAAGUAACAAAAAACUAACACGGCCAAACGUCAAAACACAAUGCUGGACCGGAUGAGACAAGGAGCACAAGGUACAGGUACACGUACAUACACAAUCCACGAGCACAGGACAAAGAAACAUGAGGGCAUUUUAAAGGCAAGACAAACGAGGGAUAAUGACACAGGGCAGGUGAGAAACAUUAGACAUGGCAGGGAAUCAAUACAGGAAACGAGAGGGGCGGGGCCAAUGACAAGACACCAGAAAGCACAUGAGAUGUGAAAACAUAAACAACCCAUGGCUUUCUCACAUAAAACCUAAGGGCUCUGUCCCGAUCCUGCCACACAACUAGAAGUUCAGAAACAAGAAGGCAGAACCGUGACACAUUCAAACUUCAGAAAUAAAAGUUCAUAAUUUAUAUAAUGCUUCCUGUUUUUAGUGUUUUAGGUCAGUGUGUUAUGAAUGAAAUGUAUGUUUUCUAAAUGAGAAUUGUUGCCAGUGCUAAUUUGGAGACAUAUAUGACACGUUUUGUUCGUCUAUGAGUUUUGGAGGUGAGAUCAACAGUCAUGUUGGUAAUGCAGACUGUUCAGUAUUGAACAAUGCUUGUUAGCAGUUGAAAAGAACUGUAUAAAGUAGAUGGUGUCAUUCCUGUUUUGUAAGGAAACUUUACAAAAGAAAGCACUGUAUAAUGCUACCUGUUGUUAGUGUUUUUAAUGCAUGUGUUUUAUAAGUGAUAAUGUGUGAUUUGGAAGAAUGACAUAAAUGUUUUGGCAGUUUUAGGGCAUUUUGUGCCCUUUUUUGGCAAACAUUGAAAGUUGGUUAGGAGAACUGUUUGAAGAGUUUUGUAAUAAUGUCUGUAAUAAUGUUAUGAAAUGUUAUGUGAUUUAUUUAGCAAUGUUUCUAUUCUUGUGGUAUUGUUAGUAUGUUGAAUGCUGAAAAUAUGUCAGAGCCUUUGUAUUUCUCAAGAUGCACACCAGUAGCCUAAUGUUUUUUUAAGGCAUUUUUAUAAAAGCAACUUAAAUAUUCUAAUUGUAUUCAUAGCAGUGAUUGAAGCAAAGCCUUGUCUGUGAAACUGGGCCAAAAUGUAAUUCAUUGUGUAAUUCAUUUAUGUUGCUGUACUUUAGAUUAAAUUCUUAGAUGCUUGUGUAUAUUUAAGAUGUUUGUAUGUUUAAUAAUUGUAGAAAUAAAUAAACUCUGGUCUGAUCCAUCCUGCAACAAAUAAAUUAUGAUUUAUUAUGAUUUAUUAUUAUGAUAUAACCCAAUUAAUUAUGAUUGAGUGCAUGGAUUAUUUGGAUUCAUUGUGCAUAAAGGAACACCAAUUGUCAGUACCUUGCUUGAAAUAAUCAUUUACCACAUUUCACUACCAAUUUUAAAAUAUUUUAUGCAAAUUAAAAUCACCAGGAUAACACACAUACUGUGUGCUUACAGUAUAUAUAAUUAUAAAACACAAUAAGGACUAACGCUUUCUCGUGAUGCAUCAGUUGGUCAACGAUUCAAGCCUCAAAUGUUUUCAAGUAAUCGUCAACCUAUAACACACACAUAGAACACCAAACUAUUGUCUGUUCUGGUUUAACAUAACCUGAUCAUAUGUGUGUACUUUCCAUACCAAACGCAACUGAAGUGAAGCUCACGUCAGUGUUCUUAGGCGUCAUAUCAAAUUGACAACGCAGUACACAGCGACCCCAUGUGGUCACAAGAUGAAGUCCCUACACCAUUUAAUGUAGAUGAGAAAAUAAGAAUUUUUACUUAAAACGUUUCUCUGAUCGACACAGAAAUGGGCAAGAUUAUACAUUUCAAUACUAUUUCAGUAAUUAUAAUACAUACACGGUUAGCCUUGUUACAAUCAUAAUAAAACAAUUAACAGAAAGUCCAGAAAACAACACUUCUGUGGGCUUUCAGUAAAUAUACUUGAGCUACUCUAUUCUAUUGAAUUAUGUCAACGGUCUUUGUGAUCAUUAAAACAGUGUAAAAUCAUGGAGAGUCAAAUAAAGUAUUCUGUUUAUUAUUUAUAUUUGUAUUAUUUGAAUUAUUAUUUAGGCACACUUAUUCUGCAGCCUAUUGAAUCGUUUUUUAACCUACCUAUUAUCUUUAGCCAGUGUUACGAACUAGGAAGCUAAAAAAUACUCAUUGGUGAAAAUUACUGCCUACUCAAGUUUAAAUCUGACUAAAUUCUGACCGGAAAUGGUAAUUUGGUGGCUAUGGUAACGCGUCUCCAUUCUGUCAACUAUAAGUUACGGUACUAAGUCUGAAAGGUAAAACUCCCUUUCAAAAUAAAGAUGUCGCAAAGAUUCGAAAUUUGUCAUAUGCUACAGCUCAGGUUUUAUGUUUUCUUUCAGUAACGAGCAUGUCUUCAGUGGUGGCGCGCAACUCGAGGACUCUAUUUCCAGACAUUUACAAUCCACAGAAACAAAGAAGAACAUCUACGAAGCCAUUGCGACAAAACAUUUGCACGGGGCUGCUGUGUGCGGGCUUUCACCGCUCGUUUGCGCAGCUGUUUGCACUGCUGCAGCGCUGGGAAGAAGCUGAAGCGCAUCCACACAAACUAGAGACGCUGCAGAGCUUCCUCGCCCGCGCUGAAACUGCCGAAAGAGCCGGACAAUACGGGGAGGUGUAUGAAAACCACCUGUGUCUGGCCAGGUUCUUCACUGAAUCAGAGGAUGAAUGGUUGAAGCAUCAUUUCUUUCAACUGGCCCUGCAAUCAGCUCGCAAACUAAAAAUCGACUCUGGCAAAAGAGAGGCAGAAGCCAACUUGCACAUUGGACAGAUUUAUUUUGUGAAGGGUCAGCUGGAGCUAGCACAAGAACAUUAUGAGGAGUUUUAUCACAUGACCUUGGGCCGCGAGUGGCAGGACACCAGUGGGCGCUCGCAUCACGAAUGCUCGUGUGAAGAGCUGGGGAGGGUGUACACACUGCUGGCAGAGAGGCUGCUUCAGAAACAAGACUGUGAGCUUUCAAUCAAGAUGCUCACCAAAGCCUACGAGAUGGCUAAAGAAUCAGGAGAUUCAGGGCCAAAAGGAAAGGCGGCUUAUAGACUGGGCCUUGCAUAUCAAAGUAUAGGAGACCAUACAACAGCUAAACAGUUUCUCGGUGUGUAUAAGGACAUCUCCACAGCACGUGAAGAUAUGGAUAACCUGGGAAGAGCAUAUGGAGCUAUUGCCAAAUCUCUGGAGAGUUCGGGCAAGCAAACGGAAGCAGUUCAAUAUUUGGAAAAGUUUGCUGAGAUUUCUAUGAGCAACAAACAGGACAGAAAUCUUGAGAAAGCCUACACAUAUCUCGGAUCAAUCCUCAACUCUAGAGUGCAGUAUGAUGAAUCGUAUGUAUAUUUUAAGCAUGCAUAUGAGAUUGCAUGUAAUAUGGCAUCAGUGUCCAGGCUGCAGAAAGCCCAGGUGCGUGUCGGCACCUCCCAUGCACUCAGCAUGUUGCAGGCAUAUUAUAAACACAUAGAGAUCUCCAGACGGCACAGCAUCCAGAAAAUCAUCAUGUGGAAGGAAAAAAGACAGGACAACUUUAUUGAAGCCAUAACUCGGGCACGAACUCGGUUCUCGGGUGUGGGAGACAGUCACUCUGUCCACUGA